UUGGAUAGUUUCAAUAACACACUCUUCAGGGGUUGCAAGAAGAUGCCUGGAAUAUUUGAGACGUAUGUACUUGACGACAGGAACACAUGUUACUGUCACACAUAGCAGAAGGAUAUCUCCGCAUGUACAAUAUAUAUCGAGAUUCCGAUAAUACUGGACAUGCUGUGUAGACUAUAAAAGUGCGUACAAUGGCCCCUAUUCUGCACGUGGGAGAUGAAUCAAUGAGUUGGAUCACAUUCAUCAGAAAUGAGAAAUCACAGAAACAAGGGCGAAUUGUUAAAAAUCCCUAAGCAAACUCCUCGUAGCGAUAAAUUUCUUAAAGAAAUUUACUUCGCAGACUUCAAUCCGCGUCUCCAGACAAAACUCCUUGUACACGGUUGGCGGUCGAAUGAGGAAAGUGACACAGUGCAAAACAUUAAGAAUAACUAUUUAUCGAGAAAAAAUUUAAAUAUUAUCUCAGUCGACUACAGAGAUAUAGCCGCUAACAAUUUUUAUUUCACACCUGUUUUUCAAAUACGCGAAGUCGGCAAAUACAUUGCGGAACUCAUUGACUACCUCGUAACGGUCAAGAAGGCACGUACUGAAGAUUUUCAUUUAAUCGGUCACAGCUUAGGGAGUCACUUAGCUGGGUAUGCAGCGGCUUUUGUAAAAACCGGGAAGGUUGGACGAGUGACGGGGUUGGAUCCCGCAAUUCUUGGUUUCGAAUGGUCAAGUCCAGAAUGGCGUCUUGAUUCAAGCGAUGCAACAUUUGUAGAUGUAAUCCAUACAGCAGCGGGUAGUUGCGGCUUUCGAGAUCCCAUUGGCCAUGUGGAUUUUUACCCGAAUGGAGGUAUCAUUCAACCAGGAUGUGGUGAUAAUAUUUUUGAACAGAGAUCAGCAUAUUCCAGAUUUAGCAGUAUACUAACCGAUGUUCAAAAUGGAAUUGAGAAUAUUUUCACCUUUCUUGUUGAAUCACGGUAAUUUUUCUUUUGGAAAAAUGAUAUUUCGUAAUAUUUUUUUUUUCUUAUCCGUUUGUCAGUUGGUCUUUAUAGAUAGUUCGGGUAUAUUAGUAGAUCCAAGUUCAAAAAAAUAGAGAAUUGAUGUUUUUCAA